AUUUUGAAUUUUAAAAUGUUCAAGUCUCAGAUAUGUAAAUAUAAGUAUUAGAUACUAGAUAAAAGCGUAAGAUAAUUUGAAAAAUUGAAAAAGAAAAAGCAUGUAACCUUUCUGUUUACUACAUACAGUAAGUUGUUGUCGUUGUUGGAUGUAUCGAGAUUCAAGUCAUUGGGAAGUUUCGAUUACGGUCAAUUAACAGCAACAACAUACAACUUAACUAGCCUAAACCUGUUCUGUGUUCCUAAUUGUAUUUUAUUUUUUUAUAUUAUAAUUUAUAUAGCUAUGAGAGUAAAUUAUUUAUUUUAAUUUUUUAAUUUUUGUCUUUCAAGAUUUGUUAUUCUUCAUUAUUUAAAUAAAUGCAUGCUUGUCGAAUCACUGUAUAAAUUAUAUUACUAUUUUAUCUAUUCUGUGUUAUUACCAUCAUGCCGUAUAUAAAUGUGCUAUACUCCUAACUAUCAUUUGUCCUAAAUAUAUGAUUAGAAAUUACUUACACAUUUACACAGUUCACUGACUCACUGUUCACAGUGUUCAUAUUGUCGCACUGUAUUGAGCUGAAUUGUACCUGUUUUAUUGCUUUGGCUUUCAUACUUUUCAUAUUUAAAUUUAAACGAACAAUUUCUCUGGUGAAAAGAGAAAGUUUUUGUGUUAUUGAAAGGAUAAAACUAUUAAAACCUAUAAAUUAUAGUAGUAUAAUUAUUAAUUUACUUAUAUAAUAUGGAAUAUUCUCAGUGACAAAAGUUAAUACUUAGAGAUUGUUAUUUAACAUUUUUUAUUGUCUAUAAAAGUACAAUAAACAAAAAAAUGUUUCAAAUUCUGUCAACAUAUUUUAAAAUAAUACAAUACCAGAUUUGUUAUUAUUUUAUGGGAAUAUUUGCUGUUCUUGACGAUUUAAAAAAUCGUGAUAAAAAUAAGUUAGAAAUUGUUAACAAAAAAGGAAAAGUAGCUGUUAUUACUGGAGGUGCUCGAGGUAUUGGCUUGGAAAUAGUUAAGAAACUAGUUCAAUGUGAGAUGCAUAUCGUAAUUGGAUGCCGCAAUGUGAAGGCGGGUCAAAGAAUAAUCCAACAACAUAUUACGCCUGAUGCAUCUAUUGAAAUUCAUGAACUUGAUCUUAAAUCAUUUACUUCUGUAAAAAGUUUUGCAAAACAAGUAUUAUACAAUCAUGACCAAAUUCAUAUACUUGUAAAUAACGCUGGUGUUAUGUUUGUACCGUAUGAAAUGUGCGAAGAUGGUUAUGAAGCACACUGGACUAUAAAUUACUUGAGUCAUUUUUUACUAACAGAAUUACUAUUACCAGCUCUAAAAAUGUCAGGUUUGACAAAUGAACAUGCAAGAAUUAUAAAUGUAUCCUCUUGUGCUCAUGAAGCUUCUCCGUUAAUUAAUUUUGGCUCAAUAAGUAACAGUCAAGGUUAUAUUGCAAAUGCAGCUUAUGCAAAGUCUAAACUAGCUCAAAUAAUGUCAACUAAAUAUUAUAAUAAAAUAUUAGCAAAUACUAAUGUUCAAGUUUUUGCUGUACAUCCUGGUAUAGUAAAUACAGAGUUAUUCAAUGGGACAUUAUUGAAAAUGACAAUGCCGUGGAUAUUGAGCUACAUUUGCAAAACCCCAGAAGAAGGGUCACGAAGUGCUGUUUAUGCUUGCAUUUCUCCUGAAUUAGAAGGUUGUGGUGGUUACUAUGCAAAUUGUCAAUCUGCAAAAAAUUUACCAUACGCUGAUGAUGAAGAGACACAAAGAAAACUUUAUGAUACAUCCAUGGUUAUGAUAAAACAUUUUUUAAUAGAAAAUUAAUGAUUGAUUUUUAUUAUUAUUAUGUUAUCUUAUGUUUAAAAUUAUAUAUGUUUUUUAAUAUUAUUAAAGACUGAU